AUGUCUCGCAUUCUCGCCAGGAGAUGCCCUCAAGGGCUUCUGCGUCAGGCCUUCUCGGCGCCGCGCACCAACGUCACCACCACUCCCUCCUCGGUCCGUGCCUUUGCCUCUGCCACCUCCAACGCUCCCUCCUUCAACUGGGAAGACCCUCUCAACUCCAAGUCUCUCUUCACUGAGGACGAGAUUGCCAUCGGCGAGACUGCCGAGCGUUACUGCCAGGAACAGCUUCUCCCCCGCGUGCUGCAGGCUUACCGCGAUGAGCACUACGACCCCAAAAUCCUCGAGGAAAUGGGCGACUUGGGCCUGUUGGGCGCCACCAUCGAGGGCUACGGUUGCGCCGGCGUUUCCUCCGUGGCCAGCGGUCUGAUCACCCGCGCCGUCGAGCGUGUCGACAGCGGCUACCGCAGUGGCAUGUCGGUGCAGUCCUCGCUCGUCAUGGGCCCCAUCAACGACUUCGGCACCGCCGAGCAAAAGGAGCGGUUCCUGCCCGGCAUGGCCAAGGGCAAGAUCAUCGGUGCCUUCGGCCUGACCGAGCCCAACCACGGCUCCGAUCCGGGUUCCAUGGAGACCGUCGCCCGUCCUCACCCUACCAAGAAGGACGUCUACCUGCUCAGCGGCGCCAAGACCUGGAUCACCAACUCGCCCAUCGCCGACGUCCUGGUCGUCUGGGCCAAGCUGCAGGAGACGGGCAAGAUCCGCGGUUUCCUGGUUGAGCGGUCCGCCUGUCCGCCUGGUACUCUCGAGACGCCCCAGAUCAAGAAUAAGACGGGUCUGCGCGCCUCCAUUACGGGCAUGAUCCAGCUAGACAACUGCCCCGUGCCCAAGGAGAACAUGUUCCCCGAAGUCGAGGGCCUCAAGGGGCCCUUCACGUGCCUCAAUAGCGCCCGCUACGGCAUCGCCUUCGGCAUGAUGGGCGCGCUCGAGGACUGCUUGAGCAGGGCGCGCACCUACGCCCUCGAGCGCAAGCAGUUCAAGGGUAAUCCCUUGGCCAAGUACCAGCUUGUCCAGAAGAAGCUGGCCGAGGCCAUCACCGAUGUCGCCUACGGCACCCUGGCGGCUAUCCAGGUCGGCCGCCUCAAGGACGAGGGCAAGGCUACCCCAGAGAUGAUCAGCAUGAUCAAGCGCCAGAACUGCGAUCGUACGCUGUAUCACGCCCGCACGCUGCAGGAGAUCUUUGGCGGCAAUGCGGUCUCGGAUGAGUACCAUAUUGGAAGGGUGGUGGCCAAUCUUUAUGUCACGCAGACUUAUGAGGGCCAGAGUGAUAUUCAUAGUCUCAUUCUGGGAAGGGCUAUCACUGGUGUUCAGGCCUUUGUGUAA